ACAGAUGGAGAUGAUCCAGGACACUCGGCUGUUGCUCUCCCCAAAUUCCUGCAUCAGGUCAUGGAGGAAGAUGCCAAAGCUCUUGAUGAAUCCAUAGGUCUUUAACCAGAAUGGUGGUGAGUGUUUCCCAGCUCCUAUUAUUUGGGACCUUACUGUUUUCUGGGUUGCUGUACCAUGCAGUGAUCCAGAAUGGGAAUAUGACCAGCACCAGGAGACCCAACUUCAUCAUCAUUUUGGCAGAUGAUAUUGGAUGGGGAGACCUCGGAGCCAAUCAGCAGGAGCGUCAGAAGCUAAGUAACACCCCUAAUCUGGACCUGAUGGCCCAGGAAGGAAUGAGGUUGACUGACUUCCAUUCCCCAGCUUCCACCUGCUCCCCGUCCCGCGCAGCUCUUCUCACAGGACGACAUGGCCUGAGGAACGGGGUUACACACAACUUCGCUGUGGGGUCUGUGGGGGGGCUACCCCUCUCUGAGACCACCCUGGCUGAGAUACUGCAUCAGAACGGAUACUACACAGCCAUGAUCGGUAAAUGGCAUCUAGGGCACAAUGGUCCAUACAGUCCCACAAACAGGGGUUUUGAUUACUACCUUGGAAUCCCGUACAGUAAUGACAUGGGCUGUACAGACCAGCCUGGUUAUGACAUACCUCCUUGUCUCCCCUGUGAACCUGGAUCACAGAUACAACACUACAGAGUGAGUAAAGCUGGUCACAGCAGCUGUUACUCCAAGGUGGCUCUGCCUCUGUUCGAGAACGAGACGAUCGUAGAACAGCCUCUGGACCUGUGGAGACUGACACAGCGAUACACAUCGACGGCACUCGAUGUCAUACUCAAAGCCAGGAAACAGGCCCAGCCUUUUCUGCUGUACAUGGCCCUGGCCCACAUGCAUGUCCCCUUGUCCCCCCAUUUCCAUGUCCCCUUGCCCAGCGCCCCUCACCCUUCAGAGGGCGCUGUGUACGCUGCCAGUCUGCGGGACAUGGACGAACUAGUGGGGGCAAUAAAGAAUGCAUCUGAUGCCUCAGAAAAGGACAACACCCUCAUCUGGUUCACUGGUGAUAAUGGCCCCUGGGACCAGAAGUGCCUGUAUUCAGGAAGUGUGGGUCCUUUCCAGGGAAAGUGGCAGACCAGCAGAGGUGGGGGCUCGGCCAAGCGGACCACCUGGGAAGGGGGGCACAGGGUCCCCACAGUGGCCUACUGGCCCGGCAGAGUGCCAGCCAACAGCACCAGCUCCGCCUUGCUUAGUGGACUGGAUAUCUUCCCCACCCUCCUGUCCCUGGCUGGAGUCAAACCCCUCCCAGACAGACGCUACGACGGUAUGGACGCCACAGACGUCCUUCUACAUGGCACAGAAACAGGACAUAAGUUCCUCUUCCACCCCAACAGUGGCGCUGCAGGGAAGUAUGGGGAUCUGCAGACCGUGAGAAUGGGGCGACACAAGGCCUUCUAUAUCACGGGUGGUGCUGAGGCGUGUUCGGGGUCUACAGGGAAGGAGGAACUCCACGAUCCCCCGCUGAUCUUUGACCUGUCUCAGGACAAGGCCGAGGAGACGACCCUGGACCCAACCACGGAGGAAUACAGGGAGGCGGAGGAAAGGGGGAGGAGGGCGAGGGAGGUGCUGCUUUAUGACAUCGCCACUGACCCGUUGCUGUCCACGGCCGACUAUACCACAGACCAAUCGGCAGCCCCGUGCUGCGACCGCCGACAUGCAUCCUGCCGCUGCAGCUCAGGCUGAGGGCAGACGUACGUUUUAUGUUUGACUGUCCAUGGGGAGCCAAUAUUAUUGUCAUUCAAAAUCUGAGUGGUGUUCUCAUGACUUGUUCUAUUGUCCUUGUGGGGAUUUUUGGUAAACCUGUACACACAAGAACAUACACACACACACACACACACACACACACACACACACACACACACACACACACAUUCAGUCAUACAGUUUGUCAGUGCUGAACUGACAUUCACUGAAAUAAAGACACAGACACACACUUUUGUUCUGUUCCAAUAAUUGUUUGCUCUUAGUUGUGUGUGUUUGUGUGUCUGCACAUCAAAUACCUGUAGCCUACACUCGGGUCUAUAUAAACAACCACAGAGGCAUCAGCCAGUGAAAGAAACAAGGCAGCAGCAGGGCUAGGUGACUGUGGGUCGUUGUCCUGGAGGUCAGUACUGCAGAGGGCGCGUCAUUACAGGUCAGUGGGAAAACAAGGGAAGACAGCUGCAGUUGGGCAACAAUUCACAGUUUGAUUCCCCAUGUGAAGUGGUUUUCUCUGCGGAGGCAUAACGUGCUGUAAUACUGCAGAGGUUUCUGGGUUGGAAAACACAUCAACACAAUAAGUAGGAUGAAGAUACUUUUUUUAGUUAGCUAGUCCCAUUGAUAACAAGGUCGAGAAUUGUGGACAUUGAGCAUUUUACCACCUCGGGGUAACAUCAUUAUCACCUGUAACAUUUCAAUGACCAGAUGAAGCACGGGAGUAGUUUCAUUCAAAUUCUUUAAUUUGUGGCUGAAAAUCAACAAGAAAACGUUUUUUGCAUGCAGAAGUGCCAAAGAACAUUAGCGUUGUCAAAGGGCCACCCUUCAGAAGUCAGUUACAAGAAUAACAAUAAGCAUAAUAUUCAGAUAAUGUAUGUUAUACAAAACCUUUCCCCAAAACUUUUACUUAAGUGAAGUACUCCAGGUUUAAUUUAUUGAUGAAUAAUACAAAUAUUAUAUUCCAAAAUAAUAUUUAGUGUAAGUCAACAUUAUGUUUUACAAAGUAAAAACAUCAGUCAUGUCCGAAAUGUUACAAUAAAUAUAACAUUAUGUAGCCAUUGGUUAAUAAUGAAUAAUGUUAUCAGUGAAAUAAAAUGUCCCGUAAGAAUCUCUGAAGGUUUUCAGAUAUCAGAAUUAUAUUCUUUAUACCUUUUUUUCUAAAGCAAUAAAAAAU